GCACGGCGCGGCAACGUCGCGUCUGCCGCGCCGCAGCGCGCCCUCAUUGAUCGCACGUCAGUUGCCGCGGCAACGCUGCGAGAUCAUCAUGGUGUUCAGUAAAAUACAAAUGUCAGACAGUGCCACAAUGAAAUUAAUUAAAGAAGUGCAGAAACACGGAUCUAUUUGGAAUCCUGAGGACGAAAACUACAGCGAUAGGCAGCAUUUGUUGGUGGCGUGGGACGAAAUAGCGAAAGCGCUUGAUAUGCCAGAAGAUAUCAUUCGUGGAAAAUGGAAGAUUCUGCGUGACUUCUUCAAAAGAGAAGUAAAAAGGAAAAAUGUCACUUCCGUAGAAGAAUACAAAGGGAGAUGGCGAUACUUCAAUAGCCUCGGUUACCUACUACAUCUCUCCUUACCAAGAGCAGAAGAGGAAGACGAACGCACGAGCGAGAAAGUCGAUGUCGAGAUAGAAUACGAACCGAAGUACGCCCCAAACUCAAACCUUGAAGUGUAUUUAGAGGAUCCUAUUCCAGAAAAACGCUUCAAACCAAAUGAUUCAGAGGACUACGAUUUGAUGUUCUUGAAGUCGCUUACGCCGUUUUUUAAGCAACUGGAGCCGACUAGGAACUUGGUGGUGAGGAGCAGGAUUCAAGACAUGUUGCUGAAUGAGAUAGCUGCACAGAAUAUGAACAGGAAUAAGAUCAUUUUCCUUCACAACAAUUACAAAAUAUGUCUCUACGCUUGCUGCACGACGCGGCAACGUCGCGUCUGCCGCGCCGCGCCCCUUCGACCGCGGCGUCAGUUGUCGCGACCACGCCGCGCGAUAGACAUGGCAUCCAAAAUCCAAAUGUCUGACAGUGAUACUUUGAGGUUAAUUAAAGAAAUGAAGAAACAUGGUUGUAUUUGGAAUCCUGAUGAUGAUAACUACGGCGACAGGACCCUGCUGUCUGUAGCGUGGGCGGACGCCGCGAAGACGCUGGAUAUGCCAGAAGACAUCAUCCGCGUAAAAUGGAAGAACCUCCGCGAUUUCUUCAAGAAAGAAGUCAAAAAGAACGACUGUCAUUCAAAAGACGAUUACGGGGGAAGAUGGCGGUACUUCAAAAGCCUGGGCUUCCUCCUAAGACCAGAGGAAGAGGAAGACGAACAAACAGAUAGCGAGCAAGAAGAGAAAGAGAUAGACUAUGAAACUAAAUACAUCCCAGAGACAGACACAAAUCUCGAAGUGUAUUUAGAAGAAGAUCCGCUUCCUGAGAAACGCGUCAAAAAGGAUUAUGAAGACUAUGAUUUGAUGUUCUUGAAGUCGCUGACACCAUUUUUGAGGCAACUUGAACCUACUAGGAAUUUGGUGGUCAGGAGCAAGAUGCAAGAUAUGUUGCUGAAUGAGAUAGCUGCGCAGAAUAAGAAUAGGAAUAAGUUAUAGCGAAGGAAAAGUGCCAGCGCGGAUGGAGACUUGUGUAAAGUCAAACGCGAAUAUGAAAGUUAGA